UAACGCCGGAGUCGCAUCGCGCGCUCAGGUGCGGCCAGGUGUGUCACGUGAACCACAACACCUGCCACCGGGCUAGCCAAUAGCAGCGAGAAGUGUGCUAGUCGACCACACCGAUAGCCAAUAGCGAGCGACAAGACACCUUUGCACAGGACAGCCGGUGGUUGGAUGUGAAGCUGGGAGGGAGAGAUGAGCCUGCAAGUCCCCAAAAGCGGUCGAGCCUGUGAGAAUAAGCAUCACUAAUUCUGGAGCUGAAAGCUGCGUGGUUGACGGAUAGGGGCACAACUGAACUGUCUACUUUGCGGAUCUUCGAGGGAAAAAAUGAAACAGUCGCUGUGUCAGAUCUGACCAAGCUUUAUGUGCAUUCUGUCCCUUCAUUUGCAAGAGAGAACCAAUAGCUUUGUUCUUAUGAAUGCAACCACCUCUUUGGUUUAAGGUGCUGACAUUUUCCGAGUCUUGAACUUCUGGAAGAGCCUGAUAGAAGAGCAGGCGCUAUGGGAUCUUUAUCAUUGUAAUUGUCGGGGGUGACCGAAACAAAAGACUGCACCUAUUUCCAAAGGUCCAGGUGGCUACCAACUGCAAUAAUGAGCACUGUGGAUUGCAGUCACCACCCCACCUUCCUGUCACCAAUAGGGCAGCCCGUCUUGGAGCCUCACCUUGGCGAGCAGCUGCUGCUCAACUGUUCUGUCAAGAUCAACAGCACUUUGGAAAGCCUUUGCAAUUUCACCAUCAAUUGGUUUAAGGAUGGACUGGUAAUUCCUACAAGCAGCAGUGUGUCCGUUCAAAAAAUGAGUGAAACAUUUGAGGUUAUGCAAAGUGUUCUAAGUGUCAACAUAACCGAUGACCAAACAUAUGGAGUCUUCAAGUGUGUUCUGAGUGAUUCUACAGCAGAGUUCACACUGCAGAAACCAGGGAAUGCGAACCAUGUAGCUGCUGUCAUCGGUGCCCUAACUGUUCUUCUGGUCCUUGUGUUGAUGACCAUCUUGUAUGUGAAAUGUAGGCUGAAUGUGAAGCUGUGGUGCAGAGACAAAUAUGAAGACUAUGAUGCCAAUGAUGGAAAGCUGUAUGAUGCCUACAUUUCUUAUGUGGACUCGGCCAAUGAGAAGAAGUUUGUGAACUUCAUCUUAAAGCCUCACCUUGAGAACAAGUACAACUACAAACUGCACCUUAACACUGGUGACAUUCUACCAGGAUCAGAGCCCUCAGCCGAGCUGCUGAUGAAUGUAAGCCGUUGCCGCCGGCUUAUUGUGGUACUAUCACAAUCUUACUUGGAGCAGGACUGGUGCACUAACAACUUUAAGGAGGGCCUCUGGCGUCUCACUGAGCUCUGCAACAAGCCCAUCUUUAUUCUCUUUGAAAAUCAGUACAGACUGGCUACUCAUCCGGCUGUCCAGCUGCUUAGGGAGCAGAAGAGGAGCAUCACACUAUUAGUCUGGAACUCCAAGUCUGUGGCCCCUUCUUCAGACUUCUGGAAGGAGCUGGUCUUAGCAAUGCCUCACAAGAUCAGGUAUCACAGCACUAUGGCUGACCCUCAGGUUUUUCUCCAUGAUGACAAGGACCCUAUGCUAACUGUCAAUCCUGAAUACCUGGACUGUGGUUCAGACUUGGACCCACAGGGAGAUUUGGGUGUUCGAGUUCCAAUCUUCAAAGGCCCUCCACCCAAGGUUUCAGCCCUUCCCAAUUCUGUAACCCACGUGCCUACUGAAGAACUGGAGCAAAGGCACAGUGAAAUUGACAUUUCAGACCUGGGUUCCCGCAACUAUGGCGUGCGCACUGAUUUCUACUGUCUAGUGACAGAAGAGGAGUUCUAAAGAGGACAGUCAUAAUGUUCAGUGAGCCACCAGCAUGGUAUGUAGUCCAGUUGGAGGUGUACAUGUCUCAGAAUUGGACUCCUGUGCCAGACCGUUCAGGCAAUUCUUUCUUCAGGCCAGUUAUUGGCAAGAGUCUGGGGAUUUGGAAGACAAAAGCUACACAUCGUUUUUCUUUACAUCAAGUGUUUGAAGAAGACUGGAUGCAAAGAAGGCCCCAUAGUACUUCCUGUUUCAUACAGGCAGUCAGAGGCAGUUAAAGGGGAAUGCCUGUGAAAUAAAGGCUUUGGAGCCUAACAAAGUUCACAUGGGCCUUUAAAAUUAAAAUUCUUUACCUUUUGGCAGUUCCUACUACCAUAAGACUUCUGUGUCUGAGAUUUAUUGUUACUAAUUAAUCACAGGCGCUGAGGGAGUGAAGGCAGUGCCUCCCAAGGGUUGCUGCUCCUUAAGUGUUUUGUGACUGGAGAAAGAGAACAGUGGCCCUUUAAAAAAGUCUUUAGUCACUAGAGGGCAGUAAGUAUUCAUCUCUGAGCUCAAGCCCUCUCUUUCAAUUGUGUGCUGAAACCAAAAUGGCAGUGGGAAUACAUAUUGAACCUUUUAUGUAUACUAAAUAAUGGAUACAGUGCUUGCUUUUGAAUAGUUCUUAGAAAAUAUACAUUUUGUAAAUUUUACUUUCUAUGUAUGGAACAAGCUUAAUUUAAAGUGAAUAGCAUUUGCCUGAAAGAUGGAACAUUUUAAUGCCAAAAAUUCUUUUGUCACCCUGCAUUUGGGUAUAAACCAAGCCUGCACUGCUGCUAUAAAGAAAUGCGCCUUUUCUCCCUAAAAGUCUCUUUAAGGUUGCAUUAGGAAAGUGGGUUCAAGAAAUGGAUAAAUGGGCUAAGAAUGGUCCAUGCCUGAUGGUACAUCCUCUCACACAUUUUCUGAUUUAAUUACUUGUAUUAAAGACAGAUGUCAUUUACAACAGAACAUCCAAACGUGUCCUCACAACAACUAGAAAUGCUAUGUUAUCAAUUAUUCAGAUCAAAAGGAGUUACACUAACGAAUUGUACUCUACUCCUUCUGUAGGACUAUGUGAAUACAUGUCAGAGACUGCUGUCUGGUUUACCUGACUUCACUAGGCCAAAAGGCCAUGAAGUUGUUAUUCAGUAAUUUGCCAAUUUUUUUUUGUUCCCAUUAAGUGUUUUUCUCCUAUUCUAUAACAGGUAGGGUGCUGCACAUGAAAGCAGAAAUUGCUGUUUCCAUUCCAGCUUUCAGCUUACUGUCUGACCCAGAAAAAGUCACUUAAUGUAUCUGAGCCCCAUGUCAAUUAGUACACAUGGAUAGAUGAAUGAAUGUUUGAUCAAGAGUACAAAGCACUUAUAAUAAUGUAGUGUAAUGUAAUAUAUAAACAAUACAACAUCAAGUUAAAAAAAAAAAAAAACAAUUUCCAUUCU